UAUCAUCAUCAUACACUAUUUGGUAGUUAGUACUACAGUUAGAGGAAAUUAAAGCUGGUGAAAAUCUCCACAAAUUUCUUCUUAAUCUGGUAGAGAAUAGAGACGACAUUUCAUUUCUUAGCUACAAAGAUCAGAUCAGAAGAACCAAUUAUGUCAGACGCAGUGAUCCUUGCCUCCAAUUCAUCAUGGAGAGGAUGUGCAGCUUCAUUUGCUCAACCUAUAAGUUCCCAAAAACAGGUUGAAGCUCAAAGUUUAGUUGAUACAAUAUAUCGUAUCAAUUGCAAUCAAUCCGAUUCAGUUCUGGAAAAAAUCGUUUACAGAACUGGCGACGGAGAUACAGACAUCCGUCGCCAGGUUUUCCGUUGGGAUUUAGCCCCACAUGAUGAGGUUUUUCGCAACGGAUUUCAAGUACGUCGGGGUUUUUUCUCCCCCGACUUUACUUUUUACAAUAUCUCGUCCUAUGUGCAAGACAAUAGUGGAAGGCCCUUGGAUUCUAGGAAAACUUCUACUUAUGCUUUUAUUAGCACCACUGUUAGCAAUUCUUGGUAUCCACCUAUACCAAGUGAGGAGAAUCAACCGAGGACAAUUGAAGUUUACCGCUACGAGAUAUAUGCACCUGGUGGAAUUUGGACUUCUGCUACUUUGGGAGAUAAGAAUGGUAGGAAGUUUAAGAGGCUUGAUGAGGUUGCCUUUGCUGGUGGUAUUGCUUCUCAAUAUAUUCGAUCUGUUCAAGUCUUUACGUUGACUGGUUAUCCUGAUGGGACGACUACAAUCGAAAGAGCUGACAACAUGUUGCGAAUCAAUGGCAACUUCAAUCCACAAUCUCAUCCACAAAGGCUACUCAACAUUGAGAACCCAGUAAUUUACUAUACAUCAGACAAGGCACGCCUAGUUCAACGUAUAGUAAACAAAUCCUCGACGAGUAACCCAAACAUCAUCACAUGGUAUGCCACAGAUGUUGCUGAACGUGCUGUAUACAUGAGCUCUGUAUUUCGUUCAUCUCGUCAAGAUGAAGCUUAUUACAUCUUACAAAACAUUGUCACACUAUUAAACUAUAAUCCUGGUGGUUCAAACGACUUUAUAGUAAAUGGUCCAUCUUUUAUUUCUCAACAAUUUCCAUCACUUGAGUAUUCUCCCUUUGGAGAACAUGGUAUUGAUGCUGCAUUUCAAUUGCGAGGCGAUCAAGCAAUCAUUUUUUGUGGCAAUCUUUGUGCAUUGAUAGAUUACGCACCCGAUUCCGGAGAUGAUAAGAUACUAAAAGGUCCAAUGAUAAUCUCCGAGAUGUUUCCUUUUCUCAAAGGAACAGUGUUUGAGAAUGGUGUAGAUUCAACAUGUGAGUUGAAAAGAGUGGAUUAUGAAGCUUAUUUUUUCAAGGAGAAUUUAUGUGCACAUAUAAGGUAUAGUCCUAAUGACACAAAACUUAUUGCACUAGGCCAAAUUUCUCAAAUUCGACCUGGAUUAAAAGAUACUGUGUUUGAGGCUUUGGGAGUUGAUGCAUCAUAUGCUUCACAUUCUAAUGAUGAAGAAGCAUAUUUCUUCAAAUUUUACAAUUAUGGACCAAUGACUAUUACUGAUGGAAAAGAGUUGAUUGAAGAGGUUUAUGUAAUGGGUGCUAAAGCACCAGUUAUUCAUAGUUUUGUACCUCAAAGAAAUGGCGGUUUUGACAUGCGUGAAGAUGCUGGAACUCGACCAGAUGCUAAUGACUAUGACCAUGAUGCUGUUUAAGAAUAAGUUUAGCAGGAUGUAUGGUAUAAUAAUGUAUGAUUUUCUUAAGUUUGUAUGGUGUUUUUAGUAUUUCUACCUUGUAUAAUGGGGAUGAGGUACUUUGUUGUUUGAAUAAGGCAAGCAGUCUGUCUGUUGUAUGCCAUUUGCUGUUUUAUUAAGUUGUUGGUUAUCAAAGUUUGAAGUGUUGUGUAAUGAAAUGGUUUUUGUUAA